GUCACCCAAAAAAACAACCGGACUCUAAAUAAACAAACUUCCUGCACUUUGUCAAAGACAGACGUCUUCUCUUCCCCAUCAAACUGGAAAAGUCAUUGGCCUUUCUCCAUCCCGAAAAAACAGAAAUUAAAAACCAAAGAAUUCCCAUUUCCAGGGCAGGAGUUUAUUUUUGUUUAAAGGCGCAAAAUUUUCGAACGAAUCUUUAUUUUUGGGUUUAUAUUUAGUCAAAGUCCCGGGAUGGUCCAUAAAGAUGCACUCAGUCAGAGAAAGUGGUUCUUAGUUUAAGUAAUAAGAGUUUUACAUUAUUAUUAAGAGAAGUCUGCAAAAGAAAAAUAUUUUAUCUGAAUUCUUAUGGGAUUAAUUAUCAACAGAUAUGUUGCAAAUAAUUUAUACAGCAGAACUACAGGGAAAUCUAUAAUAUACCUUGUAGUCCCAAGGCUUAUUAACCUUCAAAAACCUCUUUGUAAAGUUCACCAACUGUUCUCACUAAGUGAAUUUUGAUAUUCAAUAAGGGGAAUAUGUAUUUUCUUAAUUCUUAUGGAAUCAACUAUCAUAUAAAUAUACAUACAUUUAGCAAACAAUUAAAAGAAAAGAGCUAAAGGUAAAUCUAGUAUAUUCCCUUGGCUUAUUAGCCUUCGAAAACCUCCUUGUAAAGUUCACCAACUGUUCUCACUAAGUGAAUUUUAAUUGAAAAACGCCAACGACCAGGAACGCCCCUAAAAUUAAGUCAUCAAGCCAAUCAAUUAGGGCAAGCCUUUAUAAGGAUUUUCCUAGCCUCAAAUCAGUUUAAUAAGUGUUCAAAACCUGUGCCAUGGAUUACGACCGGAUUCGACCAGUGCGCUUCUUGACAGGAUUCUUGAGCUUCUGUCGUCUCUGGCCAAGAGAUGGACCCUUACCCAGGCAGGAUUGGAACAACUGGAGGACUUAUCUAAUGCACGCUCCCUUUUCCAUAUUAUUCAUGGUUCUCCUGUGGGUGGAGGCCAUGAUGAGCAAGGACAUUGAGCAUCUUGCCGAUGUCCUACUGAUUGGCCUGAGCACCACAGCUUUGGCAGCUAAAAUGGUGAAUAACUGGAGAUAUGCCCAAGUGGCCCAGAGGAUCCUAACCGAAUGGAGUACCUCCGAUCAGUUUGAGUUGCGGAGUCAAAGGGAAGUGGACAUGUGGCAGUUUCAGCAUCGUCGCUACACUCGGGUCUUCAUUUUCUACUUAAUGUGCAGUGCGGGUGUGAUACCCUUCAUUGUGAUCCACCCUCUGUUUGAUAUUCCCAAUCGAUUGCCAUUCUGGAUGUGGACACCUUUUGAUUGGCAAAAAACAGCAUACUUCUGGUAUCCAUUUAUUUAUCAGCUUAUAACGAUUCCCAUUGUUUGUUUAAGUAACAUCUUCUUGGAUGGUGUGAAUUGGUACAUGAUGCUUCAUUUGUCCCUCUGUUUGAGAAUGCUGGGCCAGAGAUUGAGUGAGUUAAGGGCAAAUGGUAAGGACAAUGAUAAGCUGGAGGAGAAAUUCCUAGAGCUGGUGCAUAUACAUCAGAGCCUCAAGCGACAGGCCUUGGACAUUGAGACCUUCAUUUCGAAGAGCACUUUUACCCAGAUCUUGGUCAGCUCCUUGACCAUAUGCUUUACCAUAUAUACCAUACAGACGAGUCCCGUGAUGCAGGAUAUAAACAAAUUUGCCGCCAUGCUUCAGUAUCUAUUGUCCAUGAUCACGCAAAUCCUGUUGCCCAGCAUCUAUGGCAAUGCUGUUAUUGACUCUGCCAAUUCCUUGACAAGUUGUCUUUACCAUUCCGAUUGGCCAGAUAUGAAUCCUCGAAUGCGUCGCCUGAUUCUCAUGUUUAUGGUGUACUUAAAUCGUCCUUUGUCCUUGAGAGCUGGUGGCUUUUUUCAUGUCGGCUUGCCAUUGUUUACCAAGACCAUGAAUCAGGCCUAUAGCAUCCUAGCCUUGCUGCUCAACAUGAACAAAUAGAAGAAAAAAGAGUUCUGGAAACUAAAAAAAAGAAAACACAAACUGUGCUUUCUAUUUUGGAUUAGCGAGAAGAUUUCACAGUUCGUUUGGAGAUUUAUUGCCGCUGCGUCUUGUUAUGCAAAAAUCUAAAAAUAUAUUGUAGCAUUGCACGAAAUAUACACGUAUUCCCAUAUAUAUAUAUCAAGUACUACAUGUUUGCUGCACAUGAAAUGUAGAAAAUUGCAAGUGACGAAAAUAAAAUUCAGAUUUGA